AAUCCAACCAAUAGGAGAGCAGUUAGGAGGCUGCCUUUGAACUGUCAUCUUCUAGUAGGUUCGAGAAGACGCGUGGAGAGGCCGGAGACGGAGAGCAGCUAUGGAGACGGCAAACGAGUUAAAGGAAAAAGGCAACAAAGCUCUCUCAGAAGGCAAUCUGGAUGAGGCAGUGAGAUGUUACUCUGAAGCCAUCAAAUUAGACCCCAAGAACCAUGUCUUAUUUAGCAACCGGUCUGCAGCCUAUGCCAAAAAGAGAGAAUAUGCCAAAGCAUUGGAGGAUGGCUGUAAAACAGUGGAGCUCAAACCUGACUGGGGAAAGGGCUAUUCACGCAAAGCUGCAGCACUGGAAUUUCUAAAUCGCUUUGAAGAAGCCAAGAAAACUUAUCAAGAGGGAUUGCAGCAUGAACCCACAAAUCCUCAGCUGAAAGAGGGACUGCAGAACAUGGAAGCCCGGCUUGCAGAGAGAAAAUUCAUGAAUCCUUUUAAUUCGCCUAACCUGUUCCAAAAACUGGAGUCUGACCCCCGUACUCGUCCUCUGCUCAGUGACCCAAGUUAUAAAGAUCUGAUAGAACAGUUGAGGAACAAGCCAAGCGACCUUGGCACAAAGCUACAAGAUCCUAGAGUGAUGACAACAUUAAGUGUGCUUUUGGGGGUAGACCUUGGAAGUGUUGAUGAGGAAGAGGAGGAGACUCCUGCACCCCCUCCUCCCCAACCUAAAAAAGAAACAAAACCUGAGCCAAUGGAGGAAGAUCUACCUGAAAACAAGAAGCAGGCUGUGAAAGAGAAGGAACUAGGGAAUGAAGCUUACAAGAAGAAAGACUUUGAAACUGCACUGAAGCACUAUGCACAAGCCAAGGAAUUGGAUCCAAUCAACAUGACCUAUAUUACCAACCAGGCUGCUGUAUACUUUGAACAGGGAAAUUAUGAUAAGUGCAGAGAAUUGUGUGAAACAGCCAUUGAAGUAGGAAGAGAAAAUCGAGAGGAUUACCGUCAAAUAGCAAAAGCUUAUGCUCGUAUAGGAAAUUCUUACUUCAAGGAGGAGAAGUAUAAGGAAGCGAUUCAAUUCUUCAACAAAUCAUUGGCUGAACACAGGACACCAGAUGUCCUUAAGAAAUGCCAGCAGGCUGAGAAGAUUCUUAAGGAACAAGACCGUCUUGCAUAUAUUAACCCUGAGAUUGCACUAGAAGAGAAGAGCAAGGGGAACGAAUACUUCCAGAAAGGUGAUUACCCUCAAGCUAUGAAACAUUACUCAGAGGCUAUAAAGAGGAACCCCAAAGAUGCCAAACUGUACAGCAACAGAGCUGCGUGUUACACCAAGUUGCUGGAGUUCCAACUGGCACUUAAGGACUGUGAAGAAUGCAUUCGAUUGGAACCCGCAUUCAUUAAAGGUUAUACACGAAAGGCAGCAGCACUGGAGGCCAUGAAAGAUUUCACCAAGGCCAUGGAUGCCUACCAAAAAGCCUUGGAUCUGGAAUCCAACUGCAAGGAGGCAACAGAGGGUUACCAGAGGUGUGUGAUGUCACAGUAUCAUCGAAAUGACAGUCCGGAGGAUGUGAAGCGCAGAGCCAUGUCAGACCCUGAAGUGCAGCAGAUAAUGAAUGAUCCAGCCAUGAGACUUAUACUAGAGCAGAUGCAAAAAGACCCACAGGCCCUUAGCGAACACUUAAAGAAUCCAGUUAUUGCCCAGAAAAUACAAAAGCUGAUGGAUAUUGGUUUAAUUGCAAUCCGGUGAUGAAUCAGACAUUUUCUGUUUAAAUAAAGCGUUGAUCUCCCAUCUUGUACCUGGCGUCCCUUUUCAUGCUGAUCCCUCCCCUCUCGCAAUGCCUGGUUGGGCAGGGUGCAAAGAACUGUUUGGAAGGUAGCCUCCCACUCCUCUGUGGAUACAAGAAAUGUUGAGGAGGGAGAGGUUAAAUCUCUCUUCUUUCACACUCCUUCUUUCCAUCUCUCUCUCGAGUUUCUCGAUCUGUAAGAAUGUUAAUAAAGCGCACGCAAUAAUGGA